CAACAACAAUUCUGAACACAGCCAUUUCUCAAGCAACAAGUCAAAGUUUGUCUUCUACUGCUGUUACCUCAACAACUGGGCAGAAAUCUUCAACAAUUACAUCAGAGACAUAUUUGACAACAGCCACAUCCACAAUGCACCAGGUGACUUCAAGACCAACCACUCAGCCAUCCACAGAAAUAUUACAAACAAGUUCAAAUGACCAGACAUCAUCAAAAUCAUAUUCCACAGGUCUUUCUCCACAAACAUUUCCUUCAACAUCAACCACCUUGCAGACAAUAACAUCUCAUGUCAUUACUGAAGCACCAUCAUCGGUCUCAGGUCCAUCAACAACAGGGCAAAAAUCUUCAACAAUCCCAUCAGUUACUUCUGUACCAACGACAAAUGAAGUGACAACAACUGCUAGCUGCUCAGAUGAUGUGUAUGGUCUAAACUGCACCUAUGGUAUUAAUAACACCCAGCCUAAUAUUGACACUGGACGACUACCAACUCGCAAAGUAAAUAUUACUUUGGUUAUAAACACUACUUUCAUCAGUGACUACUUGAAUUUAAAUUCUCCAAAAUCCAUUAGUUUCAUCAACAUAUUAUUAUCACAGUUAGAACCACUGUGCAGAAAAGCAGAUCCUUAUACCUUCAAAUCUAUACAAGUCUUCAAACUAGUUUCUGGGUCUGUUAUAGCAGAGACUGAAGCCCAAUACAGCUAUGUAAACAGCGACUCUAAAAUCCAGUAUGUCAACAACCAACUGGAGGAGGUUUUGAAAUUGAUCCUAAAUGAUACAACAAACCUCUACAACAUUGGAAAGGCAUUUAAUAGUACAGCACCCACCCAGUUGCAAGCAGUGACAUUUGAAUCACCUCCAGUUAGAAGUAUUACUCAGUUGGAACCUUACAUCAGCUGCACAUACUUUGCUAACUACACUCCGGAGGUCAUCAAUGGUAGUUGGGAGUGUGUUGGGCCGUGCAAGACAACUCCAUACUACUGCAAUCACCACGGAGACUGCUACAAUCAGAUUUACCUUGGACCAAUAUGCUUCUGCUAUAGUUCGAGUAUUCGGCAUUACUAUGGGCCGCGCUGUGAGCUGUCCAGCUGGGGUCCAGGUUUCUAUGGGGCUCUGUUUGGGUCAUUGGCUGGUGCUUUCCUUCUCCUCUGCAUGUUCAUCAUCGCUGCUGCUGUUUACAGAAGGCUAAGGCGCUCUGGAAGUUGGACAAGGAGAGAUAGUUUUGACAGACGACUAUCUACUUUUGAAGAAGACUUUUUUGAUUACAGAGGACACCACAACUUGAGAUUCUCUCGCAUAUAAUUGAAUCUCCAGAACUAAUUAAAAAUAAU